CCGGUGCACCCCCGGUCCUCUCUGACCAGACCAAGCGGAGCCAUGAACCAGCCCAGCUCGCCAUCCUCAAGAUCCACCGUCAAACUUCUGGAGCCCCCCUACUCACCCUGACCAUGAAGAGGCAAAACGUGAGGACCCUCGCGCUGAUCAUUUGCACGUUUACCUACCUGCUGGUCGGAGCGGCUGUUUUCGAUGCCUUGGAGUCUAAAAAGGAGACUACCCAGAAGAGAAAGCUGGACGCCAGGAAACGGGAGCUGAUGGAGAAAUACAACUUGUCCAAAGUCAACUUCGAUGAGCUGGAGGGGGUGGUAUUGCAGCUGAAGCCGCACAAGGCAGGAGUCCAGUGGAAAUUCGCAGGUUCUUUUUACUUCGCCAUCACUGUGAUCACGACCAUAGGCUACGGUCACGCCGCUCCCAGCACGGACGGCGGCAAGGUGUUCUGCAUGUUCUACGCGCUGCUGGGCAUCCCGCUGACGCUGGUGAUGUUCCAGAGCCUGGGCGAGCGCAUCAACACGCUGGUGCGCUACCUGCUGCACCGGCUCAAGCGGUGCCUGGGCCUGCGCCGCGCCGAGGUCAGCAUGGCCAACAUGGUGUUCAUCGGCUUCGUCUCGUGCAUGAGCACGCUGUGCGUGGGCGCGGCCGCCUUCUCGCGCUACGAGGACUGGAGCUUCUUCCACGCCUACUACUACUGCUUCAUCACGCUCACCACCAUCGGCUUCGGCGACUACGUGGCGCUGCAGAAGGACCACGCGCUGCAGACCAACCCCAAGUACGUGGCGUUCAGCUUCAUCUACAUCCUGACGGGCCUGACGGUCAUCGGCGCCUUCCUCAACCUGGUGGUGCUGCGCUUCAUGACCAUGAACGCCGAGGACGAGCGGCGGGACGCCGAGCAGCGGGCGCUGCUGUCCCGGGUCGGGGGCGUCGGAGGUGGAGGAGGAGGAGGAGGAGGAGGAGGAGGAGGAGGCGGCGGGGGAGGCGGGGCCGGUCGCGGGCUGCGGAACGUCUACGCCGAGGUGCUCCACUUCCAGUCCAUGUGCUCGUGCCUGUGGUACAAGAGCCGCGAGAAGCUGCAGUACUCCAUCCCCAUGAUCAUCCCGCGCGACCUGUCCACCUCCGACACCUACGUGGAGCAGGGCGAGGCCUUCUCCAGCAGCCCGCUGCCGCUCCACCCCAACGGCUGCGCCUGCGGCGGUCUGCAGCGGCCCUCGGCCAUCAGCUCCGUCUCCACCGGCCUGCACACCCUGGUGCCCUCGUACCGCGGACCUUCCAAACGGCGCUGCUCCAUCUAGUGGCGCGGAGGUCACGUUUGUUUGCGUCGGCCUCCGGCGGCGGAGGCCUGUUUUUUGCCUGGAUGUAGAGUCUAGAGGAAGGCUUUGUUUUAUUUUCCUUUUCCAGAGUAUUUCUACAGAUAAACUUCCGGAAAGGAAAAGCGCAGAAAUGGUUCCUUCCUCCCCAACAAAAACAUACUCUAUGCUACGUACAGUACUGUAUGCUACACUGUGGAUAACAAGAGUUUUAAUGAAGGAAUCAUAUACUGUAGAUUAUAAGAAUGCUUGUAGUCGUUACAAUGACCUGACUUUAUGUGAAGUAUGUAUUUUUUUCUAACAGAAUCCUAACAAAGAACACUUUCGAACAUUAGUUCACACAAGUAAAAAGUGUACAUAUAGAUAUAUAUUUGUUAUAAGACAACUAUUUAAGCUACAUAAUGCAGUGGUAUGGAGAGGGAGACUUUCACUUUCUGUUGGUAGAUUCCAAUACAUAUUCUUACAUAUCUCUUUAUCCGAGCUGCAGUUUUAAGCCAAACACUUCCUAAACGACACCUCUGUCACUUUGUCUUUGUGGUAUGUCAUUUUGCGGUUUCUCAGUCAUCCUUGUUGGUUUUUUUUGUUGUUUUUUUUUAGUUUUGCUUGUUUGUUAUGUACUUGUUUUAAAACAAUAAAUAAUCAUAUGCAUUUGACCAUUUGAUUCUGAGCACAUGGUGCGCCACUGUGUAUAGUAAACUACAUUUAGUUCAACACACUGCUGCACUUUAGAUCACCGUGUUUCUUUUGUUUUGUUUUGUUUCGUUCGUUUUUUUCUUGUUUGUUUGUUUUGUUUAGUACACUGUCCAACAGUGCACACUCAUUGAACUGAGUUUAAUUUAUGAUGAUGCACCUUUUUUUGUUUCAUUUACCAGGAUGAUCAUUGUAUCUUCUGUUGAUUGCAUGGUUGUUAUUGUUUGUAAUGAGACCACUAAUAUGUCUGUUGUUUUCAUGUCCUACCCUGGAGUAAAGCACCAGGGUUUUUAAAAGAUUCCAUCUAGGCCAGUGAGGAGGUGAUAUCCGCCAGCUCCGUGUCUUACCUCUCUGCAUUUCCAAAAUUGGGAAUGACCGAUGUGUCCGUUUGGAAAAAUUCCAUGUGGACACAUUGUGAAUGGAAUGUUAUGGAUGUCUUUUUGGGAGCAUUUAAUAAGGGGGACAGAAAGAAAUACUCUAUCUCAGUCAGAUCCGGGCUUAUCUGGAUGGCAAUACUGAACUGUCUCUUUGAGAGUUGGAAUUUACCUGCCAUUGAUAAUUCUAAUUUUAUGAAUAAAGAAAAAAAAA